UAUGAGAAAGGGAAGAAGAGCCCCGACGCUUUGCCAGGUGCGCUUUCCAUGAUGGCUCCGGACAAGAUCGAAAUGGAAGAGGAAGAGAUGAGCCCUGGUGUUCUGAUCCCUGGAAUCAGAAUGAGAGUGUGGAGUGGAACAGUCAUGCUUUAAUUUAACGUUUUUUCGGGCAACAGACUCCGGUUCUUUGAUUGUCUGAAGAAAGAAUUGGUUGCUCUGGCUUCUAGUGAGGACUGCGCUGUGUGCAGCACUGCAACAGCAAUGGGAACCGUACUGAGCUUUUCUCCCAGGGAGCGAAAACCAACUUACGGAGAAUACAACCUAAACAACUACAACUACGAGCAACUGAAUAAUGCCAAGAAUAAAGACAAGGGCGGGGGAGGAGGAGGAGGGACGGAAAAGGGGAACGUGAACAGCAACAACCAGAACCAUCACCAAGGAUCUCAUCACCACAACUUCAAAAAGCACUCUUUAUUCAUCAAUGCUCUCAGUUGGAAGCAUUUUACAGUGUCCAGCAAAAAGAAGCAGGAGAAGAACAAAAACCUUCGGCAGCCACUCGACAGCAUACACUCCAUUGUUGACAACAACAAGAAUAUCCAGAAUUCCCUGUCCUGCUUCAACGUGAAACCACGAUUGGGACAGCUCGACGUGGUAGUUCGGAACAACAACAAUCUCGACAAUGCCAGCAAGCAGAAGCCGGCCCCUCCGCCCCUGCCACCCAAGCCUGCCAUUCUCACCGCUCACAACCUGGUCAGGCCGUCUAACCACGGUGCCAUCGGACCUCUGGCCUUCACGUCCAGCUGUGCCAGUGGACUUCCAAGUAAGGCUGUCCUCACGAGCAGCUCCUCCGUGGUUCCGUCAGUCAAUGUCAACGGCAACAGUGUCGCGCCCAGUCCCCACAAGAAAACCGUCAUACAGGCUUCCACUUCGGAACUACUUCGAUGCUUAGGAGAGUUCCUGAACAAGCGCUGCAGAAAACUGAAGGAUUUCCACCCCACAGACGCAGUGAUGUGGUUACGAACUGUCGACAGAAGCCUUCUCAUGCAAGGAUGGCAAGACAUAGCUUUCAUCAACCCGGCAAACGUUGUCUUCUUGUACAUGCUAGUGCGAGACCUUGUGGGAGAAGACAUUGAAUCCGAACGCGAGCUUCAAGCUGUAGUUCUCACUUGCCUCUACUUGAGCUACUCAUACAUGGGCAACGAAAUAUCGUACCCUCUAAAGCCAUUCCUGGUUGAAGACACCAAAGAAAAGUUCUGGGAUAGAUGUCUCCUGAUUAUCAACCUCUUAAGUGGCAAAAUGCUGCGUAUCAACAGUGAGCCUAGUUUCUUUACGGAAGUCUUCACAGAGCUGAAGGGGUGUUGCUCUAUAGCUGCAUAGCGGUGAUGAUGAUUUAAUUUAUUUUCAUUGCAAAAAUUCAAUCUAUUAUUUUGGUAUCAUCUAAUCAAGAAGAAAUGUUUUUAGACAUUCAAGCGGUUUUCACUUAAGUUUUAUAAUAUAUGAUUUGAAUGUGUGUAAUUUCUUAAAAUUCUUUCUUCAUGGUGAGAUAGUGAGACAUAUUUUUAAAAUAGAAAAACUCUGUUCUUGUUCUAUAAGGAUUUAAAAGGAAACGAAGCAACUCUAGUGAAAUUAUGCUUAAUAGAUUUUUCUUUUCAUUCAUAAACGCUAGAAAUUAUUAUUUGCUUCUUCAAUUAAAAAAUAGUACUUCAGUCUGAAUAUAAAGCAAAAAAGAAAAAAAAAUGAAACUAACGAGAUACCUGAAAGGAUUUGUAAGUAUUAUUUGAAAGCGCCGGUAAGAAUUUCUUUAAAAGAUUUAUAUAAAUUAUACUAAUAUGAAUCAAACAUUCCCCUAAUAUUAUUGAUAAGAUUUAUAGAUGUGUCUGUAGCACAAUAAACUUACAUAGGUUUAUGAGUAUAAUAUUUUAUAAUUUACAAAUAUAUAAAUAUUAAAAGUUAUAUUUAUUUUUCAUUAAUUUAAUUAUGUAAUUUUCAGAUUUUUAAGCUUAUCCAUUAAUAUUUACAAUUUUUUAAAUUUCGUAUUUCUGUUUAAAAGUCCUCAAAAUGAUUUUAUUUUUUUCAUGUGAUUGAAAUCUGGAAACUGUUUGAAAUGAGUCGUAGAGGCUUUGAAAACGGAAUGAAACUUAUAAUAAUAAUAAUUUAUAUUUGAAUUGAAUAAUUUUGUAUUUAUGGAAGCAAGGUCACAAUAAUCAGAUUAUGCAGUAACGUUAUUUUGCGCUUCUGAUUGGUAGAGACUGCUACUCUAUAAUGGCGGCUUGUAUCGAUUUUCUUUCAACAGACGCGUGGCAGGUUGUAAGAUUCUGAGAGUCUUCCAUCGUGUUCGAAAAAUCCUUUAGAAAAUUCAAAAUUGAUUUUCUAACGUUUGCUCCUGUUAAAAGUAAAAUCGAGUGAACAUAUUGUGAGCUGAUAGUUAGAAUUCAGUUUUCAUGAACGUUUGAUAAUUGCCAAUUUAAAAAACACUUUAAUUGCAUAUAGGAAGAAAUCGUUACAUAAGCAGCAACUCAUUUCCAGAAGAAAAUUAAUACUUUUAGAGCUUUUUUCAUAGAUAUAAAACUGAAUUGGGAAUUGGGGGGGGGGGAUUUCACGUAAAUCCUGAGUUUGAAAGAAAAACCAGUUGCUUGGAUAUUAUUGUUAUUAUUAUUAUAUUUAUUAAUAAUUAUUAUUAUUGGUACUAUUAAUACGAUUAUUAUCAUCAUUAUCAUUUCUAAGUACUAUCCAAAAAGAAUAUUUUUAAAUUUUUAUUCAUUUUAUAAAUUUUUAAGUGCAUUUUUCCUGUAUUUUAAAAAUAUUUAGGUUUGGAACUCAUUUUUUCAAAACAUUAAUAUUUGGCUUAUGAAACGAAAUUUUAAACUGAUUUUAUUGCAUAAAAACUCAAGCUAAAUAAAGGAUGGGAGAAGUAGUAAAAAAACUACUAAUUUUCAUUUCUUACUUCGAAAAUAAACGAAAAAUAGCAACUUAUUGCACUUCAUCAGAAAUACUAAGUUAUUAAUUUCAAUCCAGGAAAUUCGUCAACAUAUUUAAUUACUUGGUUAAAAACCGUUCUGUACGUAAAAUACAUAUAUAUUAUUGAUGUAUUUAGUUAUGAAUUUAUUUAUUUUUCCUACUUUUUUAAUUAUAAAUGAUUACCUGAAUAAUAUUAAAUAUUAAAUUGUUAUUAAUGUUUUUAAAUCCCUUUCAGAUGUUUCAAAAUGUUUCAGAAUUCCUGCAAACAUUUUCAAUUAGUUCAAAAUGACGGGUUCACGCACUUAACAAAUACGUCUAAAACUACCUAUGCUCUAACUUUUGAAAAGAAUGAAAAUUGUUUCACUGGCCGGACAAUUGUGUGAUAAAAUUUUUAUAACAAAUAAAUGAAGAAAAAUAAAAUUGAAAAAAUGAAAAAUAAAUGAAGCAAAAUAAAUGGGUGAUUAAAAAAACAAAUAAUAUAAAAUAAACAAAUAAAAUAAAUAAAGUGGAAUAAAACAAAGAAAAAGAAAUGAAAUAAAAAAAGGUAAAAAAAAAAA